AGAUUUUUUUUUUGGUUUGAGAAAUGAUCCGUCGCUGUAGCUUGAACAACUGUGGAAGCGACGGUCAGGAAUCGCUGGCGUCCAAUGAGCCGCCGUCGUCUGCCUCCGUCGUGGGCGGUGGUGCAGAAAGUUCGGCAGAGAUAAUGCUGUUUGGAGUGAGGGUGAGGGUGGACCCCAUGAGGAAGAGCGUUAGUUUGAAUAACUUGUCUCAAUACGAGCAUCCAGACGAUGCUACAACCGAUAAUGAACCGCCGGCUAAAGCAGCCGUGGACGACGGCUAUGACUCCGCUGAUGACGCCGUUCACCCCCUCCCGUCGACCAGCACUGGCCGCGGGCGUAAACGAGGGGUAGCGUGGACAGAAGAAGAGCACAAGCUGUUCCUGUGGGGACUGGAGAAAACCGGAAAAGGAAACUGGAGAGGAAUUUCCAGAAAUUACGUGAAGACUCGCUCGCCCACGCAAGUCGCGAGUCAUGCUCAGAAACACUUCCUCCGACGGACACAUUCCAAUCACCACCGCCGUCGCAGAUCCAGCCUCUUUGAUAUCACAUCUCCGGUGGAGGUAUCUUCAACAAUACCAUUACCGUCUGAAGAAGAUAGAAAAAUGGGGGAGCCUCCUCCUCCACCACCACCUCCUCCUCAAGGCAACCACCACCACCACCUGGUUUCAUCAAUGCCAUCGGUUCCUCCGCCGGAGACUCCAUUUUUGCAGCCACCUCCUCGUCCUACUGCGGUUUCUGAUGUUCCUUGUUGGUCACCAUCCCUAGCUGUUUCUGCAGACUAUCCAGCCACUCCAUCUCUGUCCUUGAACUUGUGCAUGUCAUUGCCUGGCAUGGAAUUUCACGCUUUCAUCAAUGGUGGCGCUACUGUUAAUGCAACAUAAGAAAGAAACGUCCCUUGCUUGUAACUUCCAUGCAACAAAAACUUGAGUAAAUAUACAUUUCAGAUGGAGAAGAAUAUACAAGAGUCCUAAUUUGUUUUUUUUACAAAGGCAGAAAGUGUAGGUUCUAGCAUGCCUGCUUAUACAAUGUGCGCACUAAAAUAUAUUGUUCACUUGUUACCAGCUCUCGCUUAUAAAUAUUGAAAAUAUAUAAAUUUUAAACACUCUCGUUUGUAAAUAUUAAAAAUCUAUAAAUUUUAAAUCGGAGUAUAUUAACUUAA